AUGGGAAACUGGAGUCAGAGCGGAACAAGUAGUAAUCGACAUUCGUUAGACUCGGACCUACGCAGCGAGGGAUUUAAAUUCACAUCACAGUAUUCACUCGGAAAAGACUCUGGCAGGGACUCUCUUACAUUGGAGGAGGAAAAUGAUUGUGUAACUGAUGGUACAAGUACAGCUGGUUAUGCCGCAGAUAGUCAGAGUACCGUAACUGGCGAUUCAAUCUCCAUUGGAAAUCCAAAAUCUGAUUUCACACAGCUUGAUACUGAAGCCUGGAUCCAGAGUCUCGCUGUGCGUGCUGCCAAACGUGAAGAGGCCGAGAGCAAAGAUAAGUCUUCAACGUUAUCGAAAUUGACAAGACAGAACAUUUUAGCUCUCGAUCUUAUGCUAGCAGAGGGACAACCUAAAGCCCUCGGAGAUGAAGAAUGUUCAGUGUAUUCAGUAGAUCAGGAAGGAUUUUAUACAUCUUUUCAUAACGAUAGUGGCUUGAAAAAGAGCACAAAUACAUUAGUUGAUGAGGAGGAUAUAGACUUUUCCCCUACAAAAGAUAGCGCAAGUGUUUGUAGUGCAGAAAGUGUUAUUCACAGGCCUUUUGGUGAUAGUGACAAAUUUGCUGGAUUAAGAAAAAAUUCACAUACAAAAGUGCUAAGCAAAGUUAUCCCACCCACCCCACCAGUGAGAACUUCAUCACAAAAAUCAACAGGGGAGGUAACUUUUCUCAAAACUCCAGAGUUACAUUCCUUCCCAUCCCAGGAUUCCACAGUGUCAGAAUCUGAUGCAGAGGCAGUGUUUACUCGUGUGCAUGAUAAAACUAAUCUAUCCUCAACAGGAUUCCCGUCAUUAGUUGCUAUGUCUACAAGUGAUGACGAAAGUUCACCUGAAUCAAGGAAUAUAAGAAACAAAGAGAAAGGACUCAGUGAGACUGUAAGUGAACUAGGACUGUCAGAUUUAAGGGAAACUUCCGGAUUUUCGUACCUUUCAUUCCAGACUGGAAGUUCUCUUGAUUCGUCAAAAAGUGACAAUAGUUUCUCAUCCUUGAAACAUUCUAAAUCAGCGUUAGAAUGUACUGAUCAAGGGUAUGAUUCUCUGACUUUACCUCGUAGUAAGGAAACAGGAUCAACAAAAAGUGCAGUCGGUUAUCAAUCAUGGCCAAGAUCCCAUAAGAACAAUCCUACUUCUGGAAUUUUGAAAACUCCUGAAAAACAAUUUGAUGGAGUGAGACCUCAGAAAACUCUUAAUUUUGCUCCUAUUGUGAAUUUAUUCAGAGAAGGUGCAGAAAAUUCUGUUCAGAUGCCAUUGCCCUCCCCUACAAGCUCUUCAUCUAGUGAAACUAAUAAUGGACCAUUUAUGAGCUCAUUUCAAACUCCUCCAUCACAAGAUCAAAGUUACAUUCUUUCUAUACCAAUAGAAAACUCAAAGAAUAGUCAGGGAAAUAAUAAUCAGUCAGGUAUUCCAUCAAAAUACCAACCAGUUAUAACUGUGACACCAAGGUCAAGGUCAAAAUCUGGUGAUAGGUUAAGUCAGGGGUCAGAUAGAAGAAGCCAGAGGUCAGAGAGUAAUAAAACACCAGAAUCCGGUGGAAGACAAAUGAUAUACGCAUCUACCGCCAAUAAACCAAGUGCUCAGUCUACUCCACAAGUGCCGUCAAGUCAAGUGACGGAGAAACAAACGUCACCAAGUUUAUAUGCUGUAAGCCCAGUAAUGGCACCGAAAGACCCAAGUCGUCAGAAUUCAGUAACAUCAACAGAUUCUAGUAAUUCUGGUUACAUGGAUAUGCAAUCUUUGAAAUCUGCUGAAAGUUUGAACUCUUUAGCAUCAUCUGAAGGUUUGAAUGGUAAUUCCACGUACAUGUCAAUGUCAAGCCCGUGUAGCUCACCAAACCUUUCUAACAUGGACUUUUCAAUUAGUAGUACACCUUCGGGAUCAAUGGAUUCUUUAUUGGAUAUGAGAAAAACACCGACUAAUGAAUUAGAAAAUGACACUUAUCAGGUGAAUACAAGUUUACAUAUGAAUCAAUACAGUAAAAAUGCCAGGUCUAGAAAAUCUAACGGGGCAACAGAAACUGUUUCUAUUGUUACACAGCAUAACAGUCGAGGUUAUAAUAGUGCUCAACAAGUUGAUGCUAAACAAUCAUUCGGAAGUUUCCGAACACCUGAUACCUCUUACUCAUCAUCUAAACAAACGCCAGGCAGACGGUCACUUGACUCAACAGGAAAUGACCUAACAAAUGUAACUCAGAUGUCUUUUGACUCUACAAUGGGGUCAAGGUCAACGCCAGUUACACGAAAUUCUGGUACCCCGACAUCCAGAGAAUCACCAACAAUGUCAGGUCAACGUCAGCAAGGUCGAAGGAGUCGGGCAGAUACUCGUAAAGAGCCAUCAUACAGAAAUCUGAAUGCUACUAAUAGACGAUCGUUGCCAAGUGAUGUGUCAACAUCUGUUCAAAUAAGAAAUGUGCCAUUAAAUGACACCCGUCAAGGUGUGAGUUCUAAUCAAAGCCAUUAUAAAUCACAAAAUUCCAUGUCUUCCUCAAACUCAUGUCCAUUAGGAUUUAAUUCUGUAUUGUUAUCAAAUUCAAGUUACAACUCAGGGCAAAACAGUGCAAACAGUCAGUAUAUGAAAAGACAAUCGCGUACCUCUCCGACCAGUAUCAGCGAUAAUGGACAUGUUUCAUCUCGGUCAGAUUCGUAUCGUGUAGCUUUGAAAAAUAAAAGCAGUGAAGGUUCAGGUAGAAACGCUAUGCAUCAAAGUAAAAGUAUGCCAAUGCUACCGCCUUCAAGAAAAAGUGGACCAUUCCGUGUUGCUAUGGAUAUGAGUCCAAACAGAGCGUAUAGUAAUGGUGUUGACGAUGAUGUCAUGAGUAGAGCUGAUUCAUAUAGAAUCGCGGUGAGAAAUACUAACGGUUUAGGUACGGAAAUAUUGAAUCGCAAUACGUCAUAUAGAGUUGCUGUCAAUGACGAAAUUCCGUCAAUGUUAAAUUCAAAACUGGAUGCAUUAGGUAUGGACGAUAAUAAGCUUAUGUCUGGAAGAGAUGUUAGGAGAAUGGGUAUAACUGAUGUAGAUCAGGUGAAAGAUAUAAACCCUAAACCGGUGAUCAGAGAAAGUAAAUCUGCGGUUCAGCUCAGAAAUAGGGAUUCCAAACCUGCCCCUCAAGCAAUGGGGCCAAACUCUCAUUCACUUAGCAGACCGUCAUCUCAGCCGCAGCAGACGAAAAAUGAUGGUCGAAUCCGACAGUGCUUUAAGCAAGACAUUGAUCCAAUUCAAGUGGUAGCAACUGUUGACAUUAAUGGUGAAUCGAAAAAAUCAGGGAAGAAUAACCCAAACCGAUCCUCUACUUACAUUCAGUUUGAUCCUAUAUUUGAAGACACUGAAGAUUUCUCAAAUGCGGCAGAUUUGGACAUGACUUCUUUAGAUUAUUCUAAAAAUAUCUCAAACAUUUCAAAAUCAAAAUUUGGUCUCAUUAAUGGUACAGUGAAAGAUGCAAAUGCUAAUACUGUCAAAAUGAAAAAAUCUAAGUCGGGCAAAGAUAUUGAAAUUGAAGACAAUUGGAGGUUUUCACAAGUAUGAUUCUUUAUCAUGGAAAAACAAAUUAACAAGUUUUCAAUUUAGAAAAGAAAAGCAAUGUGUACAUGUAUAAUAUGAUUUUUUAUGGCAUCUUUUUUGUUGAGUUUAAGUUUCCCGUGUUAGUGUUUUGUUUGUGGAUUAUAACUGUUUUGAGUUUUGUUUUAUUGUUUUUUCAUAACAUGAAACUUGAAGGUGAACAAAAUUUUGUCAUUGUUUAAAAUAUAAUUAAAUGAUAGUAUCUUUAUUAAAAAAUAAAAAAAUGUAAAGAAAAUUGAUAGAUUGAAUGAUGAGUCUGAAGUGUUGAUUAAAAUAUCAGCUGAUAGACACAUUCAUCUAAUGAUUUGGUUUUUAAAUUUAAAUAAAGCUAUAACAGCCCUGGCCAGUUAAACUUAAUUUUGGUCUAUAGUGUUUCUCUAAAAUUUUAAGUCUUUUUAAUUUUGACUAAGUGGAAAAGGAUUCAUUUUACCUUACAAAUGAUAAAAAUAAUUGUAAAUACCCAAUUAUGAAAUGCUUUUUCUUACUUUAUUGACCUUUUCCAAGUUUGGGUGGGGAUAGGUUUGGGAUAUAAUUAUACCACAUAUAUUAGUUUUUCUUCAAUUUAGAGGGUUAUUCCAAAAAUCUCAGAAACUCCACAGAAAAUGUAUGUUGUAUAAAAAUUAUGCAAAAUAAUUAAGAUAUGAAUGUUAAAAUACAGACCUUGUUCGUAAUUCAUCAUAUAGUUGGUUAUUUCGAUUUAGAGAAUUAAAUAUUUCCGAUCAGUCUUAAAAUAAGUAUUUGAAAAAUAAAUGUAGUUCUUCUGUUGAAUAAGAGGAUAAGUGUUUUGUUAUAUGUGAUGGGCAUGCAAGUAAUACUUAUUUACAAUAUCAAUCAUUUUCUAAAGCAAUAUUCAUUUUUUACUUGACUGUUUCCGAGAAACAGUCGAGCUAUUACGAUCGCUGUGGUGUUGGCGUCGUCUGCUUUGUUGUUGGCAUUGUUGUCAUGCGAAAACUUUAAUGUAGGCCAAUACUCAAACAAUUUUAAAGGUAUCAAUAUGAAACUUGGAAUACUUGCUAGUUAUGACAAUAGGCAGUUGUAAGACAAGGGGCAUAACUCUGAAAGGUAUAUUUUAGAGUUAUGCCCCUUUUUAACUUGGAAUUUUUGUCAAAAGUGGCUAUUUUAACAGACAAGCAUUAACACCCCAUGCAGUGCUCUUGUUCAUGUUAACAAUUUAGUUGUCAAGUUCAUAUUAUUUGCAAUUAAUAACAUUUUGUUUUAAAACAUAUAUAUUGCCAUAGAUGUGAUUUUUGAGAACAGUUUUACAAUGAUUUUAAACUGUUUAUACUAAGACUCUAUCUGUCUCUAAAAAUCAUAUAUUUUAUUGAAAUAUUUCAUAAUCUAUAUUGUUUAUAUGUUUUUGUAUAAAGUAAUGUUGACAUAUUUGAAUGUUGUUUGUAUAUGUGGUUGAAUCUGUGUAUACAUAUUUUACAUAGUUUAUGAUACAUGUGUUGAUGACAUUUUCUAUGUGUAAAUAAAUAUUGCCCAUAUGUGUUAAGAAUUAUUAUGUGCAAAAAAAGUGCUAGAAUGAAAUUUAUAUCACAUUUUAUAAAAAUAAAUUUUUAAAAUAAACAAUGAUUUCAGAUAAUUUUUUAGCUUUAAUUUAAAUUUUGAUAUUUUAUGUUACAGGCUGUGAAUUUUGUUUUACGGUAAUUUAUAUCAAACUCACAAACAAUGCCUUUUCAGAAGUGAACAUGUUCAAUUUCUUGCCCUGCUAAAGAUGUUUAAUUGACUUGUCUAGGCUGGCCCCAUCGUCGGAACCCACAGUACACAUUCUAUACACCACACAUUCAAUAUUUACUGAUACUGGUACACAGUAAAUUGCCUUGGUAAAUACUGGGGACGGUCCAGCCUUGAAUUAAGGACAAAUGUCCGCUUGAAUGGAUUUCAUUGUGAGAAAAUAAAUUAAACUAAACAGCUUGUCAAACUGCACUGACAUGCAGGUUUUAAACUUGUAGCAUAGGAUUUGUUUACAAGAUCAUUUUGCUGUCAAAAUGUUAUCUUUAAAUCAUUUUGAUUAACGACACACUUUAAAAUGAGAUAGCUCUUGAUAUGUCUGAAAGUUACUGAAAAGUUGGUUAACAAAUAAAGUAUUCAGUCCUUUACUGGCUUAUAGAGAAGACUGGGCUUGCCUAACUGUGCUGCUUCAAAGCAUAUUUUAAUAAGUUAAUAGCUUCCAACACAAUCAAAUGACAAUAAAUUAGUAUAAACUAAACUGUGUUGGCUGUUUAAAUAAAGUCAUUAUUAUUAUUGUUAUUGAUCGCAAGUGAUAAAACACGUUUUUUCGAUUCACUGAAAUAAUCUUUCCCUAUUAUUCUACCAAUGACUGAAGUAAUUAAACCAAAAUAGAAUGAAUAUAACUAUUCAAUCAGUAUAGAGCCUGUCCAACCUUCACAUUCUUUAACCCUAACCCUGUUAGAACCGAAAGUUGUUACUCUUUGCUGCCUAGUCUGCUGUCUGACUUGGCUCUAUACUGUUGGAAGAAUAACUUAUCCUCUUAACAUCCCUAAAAUUGAUAAUGGACAUUUCCAAAAAUGCAAGCUGGACAAGUCCAUUUAAGAAAUUCAGCAGGUUAUUACGGUUAAGACU